UCAAGACGACUGAAAAGAAGUAUAUGCUUCUCUCUCUCUCUCUAUCUCUGUCUCUUUCUAUUUCUUGAACCAUUCUUCACUAAUUUUUUGCUGUGAUUUUUUUUGGCCCUAAUUCGGAUCUCUAAUUUCCCAAUUUUGAAGCCGUAAUUUUUCAAUUAAUUCAUCGAUCAAGUGAGAUUCGAUCGUGGAAUAACGAACCUUUUUUUUCCCUGCGGAGUUUCUGGUUCAUUUCUGUUUUCUUGGAUUCGAUUUUAACCUAGCCGAUCGGAAGAAGAUUUGAUGAAGGUCGGAUUAGCGAAUUCACAUCAGAAGAAGAGUUGAUGGACGAUCGCUAUGCCUCAACUGCGUAGCGGAGUGAGACGAGGCCGCCGUGGACCGCCGAUUGCUGCUGCUGCUAACGUUAAACAGGACGAGCCUUCCGAACAGCCGAGGAGAAACAGUAGCCGGAGAGCUGCAACGCCGGCGAAGAGAGCCGUGAGGACUACUCGGCAGAGGCGAACGACAGCAGGGAAUAAAACCGGAGGGAGGAUUAAUAAUAGAAAUAAGAAUAGGAUUAAGAAGGAAGAGGCGGAGCAGCCGUUGCCAGUGUUUGGGGUGGAUGAUGAUGCUGAUGAUGAGCAGAGAAAUGAUGUGAAUGCUGUGAAGAAAACGGCGUCGGUUGGUGAACAAGAGGAUAAAAGAGACGCAGUUAAUUUGAACUUGAAGGAAGAGGUAGGGGAAAAGGAAAUAAUGGAUGAAUACGAUAGCGGAGGUCGGAGUGGUGAUAAGGGCUUGGGGGCUGAUGACGAAGGCAGCACUGCUCCCCUUCCCGAGAGGGUCCAGGUCAGUGGCUCACCAGCAUAUCGGAUUGAGAGGAAGUUGGGAAAAGGAGGAUUUGGGCAGGUCUAUGUUGGUCGUCGAAUUAAUCCUCCAAAUCCAAAUGAGAGAACGGGAUCAGGAGCUGUUGAGGUUGCCUUGAAAUUUGAGCAUAGAAGCAGCAAAGGCUGUAACUAUGGACCACCGUAUGAGUGGCAAGUGUACACUGCACUUGGUGGGAGUCAUGGCAUACCACGUGUGCAUCACAAGGGUCGGCAAAGUGACUACUACAUUAUGGUCAUGGAUAUGCUUGGUCCCAGUUUAUGGGAUGUCUGGAAUAACAAUUCUCACACAAUGUCUAUUGAGAUGGUUGCUUGUAUCGCCAUUGAAGCCAUCUCCAUACUAGAGAAGUUGCAUUCCCGAGGAUAUGUGCAUGGAGAUGUAAAACCAGAGAAUUUUUUGCUCGGUCCACCUGGAACGGCUGACGAGAAAAAAUUGUUUCUUGUUGAUCUUGGACUAGCUACCCGGUGGCGUGAUAGUUCAACCGGCCUUCAUGUUGACUAUGAUCAGCGACCAGAUGUUUUCAGAGGAACCGUACGUUAUGCAAGUGUUCAUGCCCAUCUUGGAAGAACUGGAAGCCGCAGGGACGAUCUUGAAUCUCUUGCUUAUACUCUCAUCUUUCUUCUUCGUGGUCGCCUUCCUUGGCAAGGAUACCAGGGUGAGAAUAAAGGCUUCCUUGUCUGCAAAAAGAAGAUGGCAACCUCUCCAGAUACACUCUGUUGCUUCUGUCCUGCACCUUUCCGGCAGUUUGUUGAGUAUGUGGUGAACUUGAAGUUUGAUGAAGAGCCUAAUUAUGCAAAGUAUAUAUCCCUUUUUGACGGGAUAGUUGGCCCAAAUCCUGACAUCAGGCCAAUUAAUACUGAUGGUGCUCAGAAGCUUAUAUUUCAAGUUGGACAUAAGAGAGGUCGUUUAACAAUUGAAGAUGAUGACGAUGAGCAACCAAAGAAGAAAGUUCGAAUGGGAAUGCCGGCAACCCAGUGGAUUAGCGUUUACAAUGCUCGUCGCCCAAUGAAGCAACGGUAUCACUAUAAUGUGGCAGAUAUGAGGCUUUCUCAGCAUAUUGAGAAAGGAAAUGAGGAUGGUCUUUUUAUCAGCAGUGUGGCCUCUUGUUCAAACUUGUGGGCCCUGAUAAUGGACGCCGGCACUGGGUUCACUGCUCAAGUUUAUGAGCUCUCAGCUUAUUUUCUUCACAAGGAAUGGAUUAUGGAACAAUGGGAGAAGAAUUACUACAUUAGUGCAAUAGCAGGGGCAAACAAUGGGAGCUCAUUGGUUGUUAUGUCAAAGGGUACUCAGUAUUUACAGCAGUCCUAUAAAGUGAGCGAGUCUUUUCCAUUUAAGUGGAUAAAUAAGAAAUGGAGGGAGGGUUUCUAUGUUACUGCCAUGGCAACUGCUGGAACUAGAUGGGCAAUUGUUAUGUCCCGUGGUGCUGGAUUCUCUGAUCAGGUUGUGGAAUUGGACUUCCUGUACCCUAGUGAAGGUAUUCAUAGGAGAUGGGAUGCUGGGUAUCGCAUCACAGCUACUGCUGCUACGUGGGAUCAAGCUGCUUUUGUUCUUAGUGUUCCAAGAAGAAAGCCUGCAGAUGAGACACAAGAGACUCUUCGAACUUCUGCUUUUCCCAGCACACAUGUCAAGGAGAAAUGGGCUAAGAAUCUCUAUAUUGCAUCCGUAUGUUAUGGGCGAACUGUUUCCUGAAGCAUAUCACAAUUUUGCUAUGAAUUUAUUAUGGGCAUUACGGAGUGCUCUGUUGUAUGAACCAAGAUAGUGCCUUCUCUUCUGUUAAAGAGAAAUAUUGCCUUGUUUCUCUUCAACCUGACUCAUCAUCUGAGGGAGUUAAUGUAUGCAAAAGUCCUGCUAUCAGAUCAUUGUGUGGUGGUUUAUGCGCACCAGAUGUCAAUCCUGAUCAUGCUUUAGGUAUUUAGUCAAGUUUGAGAAUAGGGUAGAUUAGGCUUUGGUCUAGCUUUGUAUAGUCAUAAAACAAUAAUCAUCUAUUGCAAAGUGCACAGCCUCCCGUGUUGCUGAUAGCUUUAUUGGACUUGUGAUUAGUAUUUUACAAUGAAGUCCUAAUGUUAUCAGUUGAUGGCCUUCUCCACUUUUGGGUCCUUGUCUGAGUUCGAACUUUUAUCCUUAGGAUUUGACAACUUUGAGAUGUUGAUUGUGAUAAUUACCGAAGAUCGUUAUUUAUGGGCAUUUUUCUA